UUGAACUGCAUCAUCACCUUCACCUUCCAUUACAAGAUUGUCUGGUGCUAUUUAGAAACAACAACAGCUCUAGGACAAAAUUUACUUGGCUUUGGCUUCUAACUAGCAUAACUCGUUGGACAUACCCUGCUUCCAAAAUCUACAUGGAGCCUCAGCCUCUUCAUACCAGCACUACUACUACUACUACUACAACACCACCAAGGUCCUCUGCUACCUGCUUUGUCCAGGGACUUAAAUGGACAAUCAUUUCACUCUUUCUUUUUCUAUCUGUCACCAUCGCUAUAGCUUGGCUUGUCCUGAACCCCCAUGAACCUGGUUUUCGAGUUACCUCACUCUUUGUGUCCAACUUCAGUGUCUCUGAUUCACAACUCAGAGGCAGGUACGAGGUGGAACUAAACAUAACAAACCCAAACAAGAACAUCCAAGUGACGGUUGAACGUUUCAACGUGUGGGCGUGUUAUGGCUCGGUGGGGCUCUCAGGUGCUGCUCUGCUGCAACCCAUUUACUUGGAGAAUAUGAGCAACAAGGAUGUGAAGGUUAAGUUGGGGUUGAAGGACUCACCCACCAAGUUGGCGCAUAAGGUGGUGUCUCAGGAUAUGGUUAAGGAUUGGAACAAAGGGAUAGUGAACUUUGACUUGAAAAUGUUGGCUACAAUUACAUUCAAAGAUGGAAUGUGGCCAACCAGGGAAAAGUUGUUGGACAUUUACUGUGGCGACUUGGAUGUUGGAUUCGUUCCCAUAAAGAACACAGGCAAGCUCCUAGGUAUCGGCAAGGACUGCCAUGUUAGAAGUUAGAAGAAGG